GUAAAGAAACUUAUACUCCCUGUGAUACUUUCCGUCAAUCCUACUUAGCCAAAUUAAUUCCGGAAUUUGAAACUUGGGUGAAUUACAUGGAAAAAAGGCACCUUACUGUACAUACUUAUCAGAAAGAAAUCUUGGAAGAA